GGCAAACACGGCCAAUGAGGCGUCUACGUAUAUAAUGUCUAUGGUAUAUAAUGUCAACGCCUACAGCGUAGAACUUUCCGAGCAGACCCUUAAGGCACCGUAGCCUAGCAACAGAUCCGGUGUCAGUUUGAUUGACAGUCUUUUUAUCCGGAUUUUUGUGCCAGACGUCCAGGAAACCGUGUGAAACACUGAUAACACCAACUUCAGCGACUUUUUGGAGGAAACUAAAAUAAACUAACUCUGACAGACGACGAUGGAGACAAAUGUGAGUGUUGGAGACGCUGAAAGGACUUCUUUAUUGACUCAGAUCAGAUAUUUGGAGGAUCAGUUAGACGGUUGGCGGCCCAAAUGUGACGAGCUGGAGAAGAAAAACAAAGACCUGAUCUCCCAACGGGACGCCAGAGAGAGGAGUACAAGAGAGACCCAGAAGACGAUGAAACGUCCCCUGGCUGCUCUGGAGGGGAAAUGGGACGAGCUGGACGAAGAGCUGAGGAGUCGGCGUCGGGCUUCAGGGAAGGAGAGGGAGGAGCUAAAGCUGCAGCACGGCCGCAACGUUCAAGAGCUCCAGGAGCAAAUCAGCCAAAUGAGGAUGAAGACCUCUGCUCAGGCUGCAGAGAUGACAGAGCUGACAGAUCAGGUGAAUCAGUUGAGACAGAAAUGGUCCGAUGUUGUCUGUCAGAGGGAGGAGCAUGAAACCGCCAUGACCGUCUUAAAGAAAAAGGCGGAGCUACAAAGACAGACCCGUGUUGAGGAGAUAAAAAACAGCACUAACAUCGAGCACAGGGCGUCCCAGAUCCUCAAGAAGGAGCGCGCUGAGAUAGAGAAGUUGGCCAAAGACCAGGGGACUCUGAUGAGGUCCAUGGACUCCCUGAAGAAGGACCCAGAGGGCCUGGAGGUCAAAACCAACUCUGCAUGGGCUGAAAUAGAAGAGCUGAAGAAGAGUUUUGUAGAGGCCUUUAAGAGGAGGCGGAGCCUAAUGAAGCAGGUGAAACAGCUGAUAAGGAGGAGCCUUGAGCUGAAUGUUGAGAUGGAACCGUCCAAGAAAGAGCUCCAGCAGCUGAUGGACCUGGAGAACGACCUCAGAGAAACGCUGGCUGCUUCUACAGAGAAGAUCCUUCAGAGAGAGGCUGAGCUGGCUCAGCUGGAGGUGGAGCAGCAGACCAGGAGGAACAGAACCUGGAGGAAAGAUGGAGAGAAGCUGGAGGCCGUCUUCAUCCUCAGACACAUCCUGAGCACCAGAGAGCGGCAGGGCUCAGAGCAAGCGCCGCUCACUCAGUGGAAGAUCCAGAGACUGUUAGAUGUCAUUGACAGCUUUGCCCCGUUGGGAUCAGGAUCCACCUCCAGUCCACCGAGGACUACCCCCAAACCAGCCAGGAAACCCAGCGGUCCAAAGAAGACUUCCCGCUGAUCUGGAUCCAGGAGUCUGAACCAUCUGGGGAAUGCUCCAACCUCAGUUGGAUUAGCUCAGUCUCUUUAAAGAGGCGGGCCUCCGUAGAACCCUCAGACAACGAUGGUGUGUAGCAGGGUGGUGUGUGACAGACAGGCAGGGAAGAACGUGGAGCACAGAGGAAUAAACAAACCUCAGGUUUCCCUGAACAACAGUGACAUUAAGAGGCACAUUUAUCAUCUUCAUCAUUAAUCAAAGACAUAUCCAUCCAGUCAAUCAAUAAUUAUUUAUGUUGAUUAAAGUACUGAUGUUACAUCUACCUGUUCCUCUGUGAGGAUGUAAUAAGUGACAUUUAUGAUCAGGACACAAUGAGAUGAUCAAUGACAGAGAAGGCACGAGGUCAGACUGCUGGUCAUAAAAAUAAACUUUGAUUAUUGAUAGGUGUGGACACUAAGGAUGAUUGAUUACUAAACUCUGAUUAAGAUCAUUUAUCAAUAAACUCUGAUUAGGAUAAUUAAUCAAUAAACUCUGAUUAGGAUAAUUAAUCAAUAAACUCUGAUUAGGAUCAUUAAUCAAUAAACUCUGAUUAGGAUCAUUAAUCAAUAAACUCUGAUUAGGAUCAUUAAUCAAUACACUCUGAUUCGGAUCACUCAUUAAUACACUUUGAUUAUUGAUAGGAGUGGACACUAAGGAUGAUUGAUUAAUAAACUCUGAUUCGGAUCAUUAAUCAAUAAUCUCUGAUAAGGAUCACUCAUUAAUAAACUUUGAUUAUGGGAUGGUGACCUCUCACACAGAUGUCCCUCCUCCUCCUCAGUCCUCCUGUUCACAGCUUCUCCUCUCUGAUUGAUCAGAUUGGGGUUAGUGUGAACACAGAGCACAUGGCAGAGAGCACGCUUACAUAAGAGAUGUCACAUGACCGUGUCACAUGGCCACAGUGCAGACACUUCCUGUUCCUGCAGGAGGAUCUCUCCUCAGUCCUGUCUAUCUCCAUGAGUGAGGAUUAUCCUGCCCCCUGCUGGUCACUCAGUAACACAACAUAAAAGGACAAACAUGCAGAAGAUUUAACUCUCCACCGUCCUGCUGCAGAUUAAACACCCUUUAAAUGAAUCGCCUCUGAUGACACUAGACCGGCUUUAUUUCAGAAAUGGUGGAUUUAAGGCUUCAAAUCAGACAUCAGAUCAGCGGUGGAUCAGUGUAGAGUGGACCAGCUUUCCAGCUCACAGUCGAGGGUUUGAUACCCAGCUCCUGCAGAUACUUAUACAGGUGUCUCUGAAGCCCACGCUUCUCCCACUGCUGCCUCUGUGGCGUGUCAGUGUGUUUGACCUAAAGCUGCUUCAGCUGAUAGCAGAAUAAAAAGCUCCAUACAAGCACCAGUCUAUAAUAACUAAAGAAAUAAACUAUACAAAUAGAUAAACCACAUAAAUAAAUAAAUUAUAUAUAAAAAACAUAAUGACUAAGGAAAGUAACCAUAUAUAUAAGCCAAAUAAUUAAAUUAAAAAUAAAAAAAACAUAAUGACUGAGGAAAUUAACCAUAUUAAUAAACCACAUAAAUAAAUACAUUUAAAAAAAAAAAAAAAAAAAACAUAAUGACUAAGUAAAUUCACCAUGAAAAUAAACCACAUAAACAAAUAAAUUAUGAAAAUAAAAAAAACAACAUAAUGGCUGAGGAAAUUAACCAGAAACCACAUAAAUAAAUACAUUUUAAAAAUAAAAAAAGAACAUGAGGACUGAGGGAAUUAACCUUAUAAAAUAAACCACAUAAAUAAAUAAACAAAGAAUUUAAAAAUAUAUAAUGACUAAGGAAAAUAACCAUAUAAAUAAACCACAUUAAUAAAUGAAUUAUAUAUAAAAAAAAUAAUGACUUAGGAAAUUAACCAUAUAAAUAAACCACAUAAAUAAAUACAUUAAAAAAAAAAAAAACGUAAUGACUAAGUAAAUUCACCAUAAAAAUAAACCACAUGAACAAAUAAAUUAUGAAAAUUAAAAAAACAACAUAAUGACUGAGGAAAUUAACCAGAAACCACAUAAAUAAAUACAUAUUAAAAAUAAAAAAGAACAUAAUGACUGAGGAAAUUAACCAUAUAA